GGAGGAGGACCUCUGCACAGAAGAGGAAGAGGACUUGAUCACUGAGAAGGAGGAGGAAGAAGAAGGUAAAGGAAGAGGAAGAAAGGAACACCUGAUCAUGGAGCAAAAGGAAGAAGAGAAGGACCUGGCCAUGGAGCAGGAAGAGGAGCACCUGCCUGUGGAGGAAGAGGAAGAGGACCUGGCCACAGGAGUGGAGCACCUGGCCAUGGAGCAGGAGGAAGAGGAGGAGGACCUGGCUCCAGAGGAGAAAGAGGAAGACCUGGCCAUGGAGAAGGACCAGGCCACAGAGGAGGACAAGGAGGAUCUGGGUCAGGAGGAGGAGAAGGGAGAGGACCUGGCAAUGGAGGAGGACGAGGAUGUGGCCAUGCAGGGGGAAGAAGAAGAGGCGGAAGAAGAGGUAGAGGACCUGACUAUAGACUAGGAGGACCCAGGAAUGGAGGAGGAUGAGGAUGUGCCGAUGCAGGGGGAAGAAGAAGAGAAGGAGGUGGACCUGGCAAUGGAAGAGUAGGAGCAAGAGGACCUGGCCAGAGAGGAAGAUGAGAAGGAGGAGAACCUGGCCACGGAGAAGGAGCAGGAGGAAGAGGACCUGACCAGAGAAGAGGACGAGGAGGAAAAGGAGGAGGAGAACCUGGCCACAGAGGAGAGGGAGGAUCUGGCCAGAGAGGAGGAAGUGGAGGAGGGGGAGGACCUGGCCAUGGGAAUGGAGCACGUGGUCAUGGAGAAGAAAGCAGAAGAGGACGACUUGGAUGAGGAGGAGGAUAAGGAGGGCAAAGCCAAGUCCUCCUCCACCUCCAUGGCCAAUUCCUCCUUGCCCAGAUGCAUAAUCCAUUCCCAUUGCCAGACUCUUGCCCGCGGUGACAAUGAAGGAGCAGGAGAACUUCUGGGCUGCACAGUCGGGUGUCACGGGGACGUCUGUGGGAGCCAUUGACAGUGUGUUCUGUGUGGGCCAUUUUCCUUCUCUGACCCAGGGGUUCUCUGCUCCCAGAAUCUCAGCCAGGGAGGCCACCCUGCAGAAUAUGGCCCCGCAGUUUGGUGAUGGGCUGCAGGAGUCACCACGUAGCUGUGCAGCAGCCAUAGCACCUGCAUUGACCAGGGACCAAAACCUGCAGCCCUCACAGCCCAGGCUGCCCCCACGGAUGGCAAUGGGAGUGUAGCCUGGGCAACUAGCUGCUGGGCCAGGGCAUAUAGAGAGGACUCAGAGAUGCAGCAAACCAGUGGGCAGAGAAGUGAAGGAAGUAAGGGAAAGAGGAGAGCGAGGAGAUCGGGGGAGCUGCUGCAGUCAAGGGACCCCAGCCAGAAGAGAGAAGCUGGCAUCUGUCACCUAAAAAGAAGGGCUGGCGUGUCUGGAUUUCCUCCGCAUCCUCUGCAGUGAAGACAGAAGCAAGGAACUUUUUUAGCUUCGCCGCAGUGGCCUGGUCUUCCUGGAGUGCUCCUUUAGCACCGAUUGCCUAGUGGCUUUGCUGACCGUUUGGCAGACUUCCUGCAUCCCAUGUACCCCCUCCGCAAGCAAAAACAAGGAGCGCCGCCCCCCCUCCGAGCGUCACACCGCCCAAGGCCCCGCCCCCGAGCAUCACCCAAGCCCCGCCCCCCGAGCGGCGCCCCGCCCAGUCCCCACCCUGAGCAUUGCCCCGCCCAAGUCCCCGCCCCUCGAGCAUCAUGCUGCCCAAGACCCCGCCCCCUAGCGUCACCCAAGC